CCGUGUCGGGUUUUCAGUGCGCCUGCGCCAGAGCUGCACGCCGCGGUUCUUGACUGUGCUGCUCCGAGCUCCGGGAGCUAGGUGCAGUCAUGCAGAAAGCCGACUGUGAGAAGACCCCCAAGCGGCCCCGACGCGAUGGCAGCCCAGGAACGCAGCAAAACGUGUCUUUCGCAGCGGUGAGGAGUUCCCCAGGUCCCGAACUCCACCCCGACCGUCAGGACUGGACCGUGGAGCAGGUGUGCUCCUUCCUACAGCUCAAUGGUUUCAAAGAUCCCGCACUGCUGAAACGCUUCCAAGAAAAUAAAAUCACAGGUCCAAAACUGUUCCUUCUUACUAAGUCUGGCCUUGAAAAAUUUGGAAUGAGUUCCUCCGAGAUAAUGAAGCUGUUUAAUAUUCUUCAUCAGGAUGCCGUGAAGGUUAUUAAUGAUCCUAUCCAUGGCCAUUUUGAACUUCACCCUCUCCUUGUCCGGAUCAUCGAUACACCUCAGUUUCAGCGGCUUCGAUAUAUUAAACAGUUGGGAGGCACUUACUAUGUCUUUCCAGGAGCUUCACACAAUCGAUUUGAGCACAGUCUCGGCGUAGGACAUCUAGCAGGAUGUCUAGUCCAAACACUGAGAGACAGACAACCAGAGCUGCAAAUAAGUGAACGAGACAUACUCUGUGUUCAGAUCGCUGGGCUUUGUCACGACCUUGGUCAUGGGCCAUUUUCUCAUAUGUUUGAUGGGAGAUUUAUUCCACUCGCUCGCCAAGAUGUGCAAUGGAAGCACGAACAGGGCUCAGUCAAUAUGUUUGAGCACCUCGUUGAGUCUAAUGAUCUCGAACCCGUCAUGAAGCGCUAUGAUCUCGACCCUAAAGAUGAUAUUUGCUUUAUCAAGGAACAAAUUAUAGGACCACCUGAACCACCAGUGGACGCUUCAUCUUGGCAAUACAAAGGACGCCCUAAAGAGAAGGCCUUCCUUUACGAGGUAGUGGCCAACAAGAGGAAUGGCAUCGAUGUGGACAAAUGGGACUAUCUUGCCAGGGACUGCCAUCAUCUUGGAAUUCAAAAUAAUUUUGACUAUAGGCGCUGUCUUAAGUUUGUCCGUGUCUGUAAAGUAGCAGAUUUGAUGUGCAUUUGUAUCAGAGAUAAGGAGAUUGAGAAUAUGUAUGACAUGUUCCAUACACGCCACUUUUUACACCGCAGAGCUUAUCAGCACAAAGUUAGCAACAUCAUUGACAGAAUGAUUACAGAUGCUCUCCUGGAAGCAGACCCCUACAUAGAGAUUACAGGAGCUGGAGGGAAAAAAUACCGCAUUUCCACAGCCAUUGAUGACAUGGAAGCCUUCACUAAGCUGACAGAUAACAUUUUUCUGGAGAUUUUACACUCUACUGAUCCCCAACUGAAUGCAGCACGAGAGAUUUUAAAGAAAAUUGAACGCCGUCAUCUAUACAAGUACGUGGGUCAGGUUCUGCUAAGUGACAAGAACAAGAGACUUGAAAGGAAAGACUAUAAAAAUCUUCCAGGAGAGGUUGCUAAGUCCAAACCCGAUGAAAUGGACCUACAAGCCGAACUGAAGGCCAAAGAUAUCAUCGUGGAUGUUGUCGACAUGGACUAUGGGAUGAAAGACAAGAACCCUAUGGAUCAUACUCACUUCUAUUCUAAGGCUGACUGCACCCAUGCCGAAAAGAUUGCGAAACAUGAGGUCUCAUGCCUUCUGCCAGACAUCUUCGCAGAGCAGCACGUCCGACUGUACUGUAAGAAGACGGAUCAAGACAGCCUGCAAGCUGCACUACAGCAUUUUAUAAAAUGGUGCAACAACAGAGAUUUCCCCAAGCCAAAGACCAGGACCAUGCGUUGUGGAGCGGACCAGGCAAGGCAGAGGCAGGGGUCCAGUGAAGCCCCUCGUUCUGGAAAGACAGGACAGAGUUUCCGUUCUGUGAAGGAAGGCGAUUUUAUGACACCUCUGAAAGUGGGGAAUUCCCCAUGUACACCUCCUGACACAGACAGAGCCCGGGGCCGGGCCAUCCGUGGUAAUUUGUUUCCAUAAACCCCUCACUCCAGCACAAUGAAUUCACUGAGGGAAUUUGAUCGCAGAUUCAUACAAACUUAGUGACAAUAAGUGCUUUUUAUUUUGUAUUUUGAAUGUACACCUAUGCUGAAGUUAAGCAAUUUUUAUUCAAAGAAACAGAAAGGUAUUCGGCAGCUCUUGCUAUACAUGCUACAUGCUAUGAAAAGCGUUACCUCGCCUAUUUUUAGUAUUAAUUAAUUAAAGGCUUCCUCUUUUACUGGUUUAUAUUUUCUUAGCAUAACAAUUCUUUUAUAUACUCUGAACUUUUGUGACAUGAUUGUUUUUUAAAAAACAAAACUGGAAACGGUAUGAGGGCACGCAUUGGACUUGGAAGUUGGGAUCGGCAGGAGCAGCGGCGGUUACCAAGCGCACACGGAGGAGUCCUGGCCCCCAGGGAGGCAGCGCCCUGGAGCCGGCUCACCCUCACCCUCGUGUCGGAAACAGCAGCGAAGGACACCCGCCCUCACUCUCUCAGCCGAGCUGGGGUGGACAGCGGGAGGUGAGAGCCAGGAGCAGGCUCCAACUCUUCGGUGAGAAGCCUUAUUAAGCUACUGAAAAUACCUGAGGGAUUUGGCCUGUGCACUGGGACAUACAAUACCUUUUGGGAGACCUUACCCUCAGUGGCAGAGAGCCUCCCCCAAACCAGGCUGUUCUCCGAGUCGGCCGUGGCUCCAGACCCGGGUAGUUAGUUUCCUUCUCUCCGGGACCCGCGAGGCCCCGCCUCCAGAAGGGGGCUCCCUCCGACCUGCUCCCUGCGCCUCCUUGUGAGCUGAGCAGAGGCCCUCACAGGACCCUCCUCAGGGCUGCUUAGAGCCGGGGUUUUGUUUGUGCUGGUUCAGGGCAUCUUAUGGUUUCAGAGCAAAGACUGAGCUGCCCGUGCUGACAUGAAUGAUUACCCAGUGAAUUCCAGGUUCCCCUUUGCCCAUGAACUUGUUUACCUCCAGUGGUGGAGUGAGCACGCCUGCGGUGGAGCCGCGCCCCUGUGCUGAGCCCUGCCCCCACCCCACACGCACUGCCAGUCCUACAGCAUUCAGGGAGGGCAAAGUCCGAGUUAGAGCCAAAGCCAGCGGAGGCCAGAGGGCCCAGAAGAUGCUUGGCCGCGAAGAAGGAGGAAUGGGGGUGCGAGUGCCUAACCUGUGCUUGGAUGCUCCCAGUGGCAGGUGCGAGUGGGGAGCCCGCCCGGGCUCUGGGCAAGAGUGAGUAGAGGAAGGGAGGAACUCAGACCCCAGGCUGACGGAUUGUCCUACUCGGGAGUGCUGCCCCUCCCUCUGUGUAAGGGGGCUCUGCUCUGGGGACACUGGGGUGAAAUGUAUUUGGAAUGCCUGCCAUUCUGUAUUGGCUCCGCCCCCUCCUCCGUCUGUCAGUAGGCCAUCAAGGUUUUAGGAAAAUCGCUAAACCCUUCUGUCACUCCCGCGUGAUGCCUUGUUGGUGGGGACAUGUUCACGUGGGGGCUCAGGACGCACAGGUGAGGGCAGCUGUGAUACUGGGGCACCGCUCUUUUGGCCAAAAUGCCUCUGAAACAUUCACCCGGGAGAACUGUUGGCCUCAGACUUCACGAACCCAGACCGACGGUCAAGAAUGUCAUGAUGUAAUGUUUUUCUGCUGAGAGUGUUUUAUUUCUGCAACCCCUACCUUGAAAUCACUGUGGUUUACUUUGUAAUUGUGUGGUCCCCAUACUGUAUCCUCAUGCUGAAAAACAACUUGAAUCUGUUGGUCUAAAGCAACUGCACUUUACGCUAUUUACAACCGCUUGAAUGAUGAGAACUAUGUCAUUUACAACGUUAGAUUUAUCUUAAGAAACAUCUCCACUGUUGGCAUAAAAAUGGAACCUUUAACAGAGCAACCGUAUGUUAUCACCGUGAAACUGUAAAAAGAGCUGAGUGGAAGUAAGUGGUUACCUAAUUUGGGUGAGGGAAAUACCUACAAUAAAGCUUCAUAAUAUAUCUCCA